GAACGGGUAUGUACAGACGAGAGCAGAGGGUGAAGCGUCCAAGAAAACCGCUCCAAGGAGGCUCGAAAAGACUCGUACAGACCACAUGUAUGAUUUAACAACACCCUCAAACAAUGGGAUGUCCUACUUAUGCGACACAAACGGACCGCGGGUGAGCGACGCGCUCGAAAAUGCAGACCGCUCAGACGUGGAACAAAGGGCCCGGCACCGCAGACACGGCACUUGUGGCACGAUGCUGUGACUUUGGAACACGGACGGUCGCAGACCUCGAGACCGUGAUGAGCAUAGGAAUAGCAUGCCCAGAUGGACGCUCAAGACAAGGCCAGACACACCCAAAUGUCGCAGCUUGUGUGAGGAGACGGUCGCAACUGAUCGAACAGACGGCGUGCUUGCGUUGGGCAGCUGGGGAGACAAGGGUCGUCUUCAGGUUCGACGACAUGGCUCCAAGAAGGCGAACGGAACAAAGCGGGGCGAUGCAACGGGCGGUAGCGCGCCAGUAGGGAGGAUGAUACGGAGAUGAC